AUGGUGAUUCGUAAUUCCAUUUCAUCAACAAAAGGUAACUUAUGGCUAUUUUGGAAUAAUUCUCUAGCUAUUCCUAAAGUUGUUUCAAUAUCAAGCCAAAUGAUAACAGUUAGCAUUGAUGAUGUAUUAGUAUCUGGUGUUCAUGAUCAUGUUAAAAAAAUUAAAAGAAAGUUUCUAUGGUCAGAAAUGGAGACCAUUAGUGAGUUUCAAAAGCCUUGGAUUGUGCUUGGUAUUUUUAAUGCUAUUAUUUCACCUGAUGAAAAAGUUGGAGGUAUACCUAAACAAAAAAAUGUUCCUUGGAGAUUUCAGAAAAUGUGGAUUGAUCAUCCAUCCUUUUUGUCAAAAGUGAAGAAAGUUUGGUCAGAGCCUAUAAUUGGAGAUCCUGCCUUCAUAUUCAUGCAGAAACUUAAAAAGUUAAAAAAAUUCUUAAGUGAAUGGAAUUGGAGUGUUUUUGCUAAUGUUCAUACAAAGAUUAAGGAAGCUGAAGAUAAAGUUAAAAGUGCAAUGAAAUUAUCUGACAAAAAUCCUUUUGAUGAAAGUCUUAUGGAUAAAUUGGUUGAAGCUCAGAAUGAACAUGCUAAUAGAGAAGUACAAGCUAAUACUCUUAUGAGACUUAAAUCAAGGGAAAAGUGUAUUAUAGAUGGAUCAACAAAUACUGGUUACUUUCAUGCUAAAAUGAAGAUUAGACAAGCAAAAAAUUUAAUCAGUGAACUAGAAGAUAGCAAUGGAAAUAUUAUUUGCGAGCAAUCACAAAUUGCAGACUCUUUAGUUCAAUAUUUUCAACAGAAGUUUGAAGCUCAAGAAGUUAAUAUCUGA